AUGCAGCAUCAAACUUCAGACCACCAAUCACCCGCUAUAAUGGAAACGUGCAGCGUUGCUCAAAUAAUGAGCCCAUGGAAUGUUCACGGCAGUGGUGAUAUAAACAAUAUGUUGGGCUCUCUCGCCACGCAACUGGAGUUUGAGGGAUUACACAUCUCUGAGAGCAGCAACAUUAGCACCACAAGCAACAGCAACAGCAGCAGCAGCAGAGAUACAACUCCCAUGUUUCUACAUUCCAGCGGUCUAGGCGGCAACAGUCUCUCUCCCCUUGUUAACGGUGAUGCAUACUCCAACGAGGAAGUUUCCACCUACGGAAGAAAUAUCUACGUGGCAAGUCUUCCAGAGGAUAUUACGGAUGAGAAGUUAAGGGAUCUUUUCGCUCCUUUUGGUAAAAUUAUAUCAGCCAAGGCGAUGCCCCACAAAGCCACUUCCUCCUGCCGUGGAUACGGAUUUGUUCUUUUUGAAAGACAAGAAGACGCCGCGCGUGCUCAAAUUGAAAUGAUCGGACACAUUGUGGAUGGAAAUAAAAUUCAGGUGCGCCAGGCCCGUCCAACCGCCUGUCGACAAAUUCUCACCGACAGAAAUGCCGGCCGAUCCUGCCAGUGGCUCGCCGCUGCCGCACAGACCCCGCCGCGCCCCACACCGUACACUCUUCCCGCUGCCCCAACCGCGGCUGGGCAGAAGUACACCACGUUUUCUUCUUCUUCACGGACGGAUAUUCGGCAGCCGGCCUUUUUGCCAAAUCCCAUCGCAUUUCAAGGGUCAUUCGCCAUACACAGUCCACAACAACAACACCAACAACAACAGCAGCAACAGCAGCAACAACAACAACAACAACAACCUCUGUUGUAUAUGGUGAUACCAGUGACGACCUCGGGUGCUUUUGAAACUGGUUGCUAUCCAAACUACUAA